AUGGAGAACAAUCGAACGAACGGGGCAUACGCGCUGGGAGUGGUGAGCCUCGUGUCGGCCAUCCAAAUAGCUCUGAUCAAAUGCUACACAUCCACGGAUUUUGAGGUUCACCGUAAUUGGAUGGCCAUCACCCACCAGUUGCCUUUGUCGAAAUGGUACUUCGAGGAGACAUCCGAAUGGACGUUGGACUAUCCACCGUUUUUUGCUUACUUUGAAAAGCUCCUCUCGGUAUUCGCCAAGGGCUUCGGGCUAGCUGAAAUUUUGCGCAUCAGUAAAGAACCUAUCUUCAACGACAGCGUACUGAUCUUCCAACGUUUCUCGGUCAUCUUCACGCAUCUAAUUUACGCGCUAUCAUGUUACAUACUAUGCUUCCGAAAACAUGGACAUUGGGCCCAAAUGCCGAAGGGAUUGAGACGAAGAGCUCGCAUCGCACUGUUCGCAGUAUUGGUUGCAAAUAUCGGGUUCUUUAUCGUCGACAGCGUUCAUUUCCAGUAUAACGGGCUAUUGACAACAUUUGUGAUCCUCUCCACCACUUAUGCCAGCGAAAACAAAUUUCUAAAGGCAGCCAUUGCCUUUUGUGCCUUGCUGAAUUUCAAGCACAUCUACGUGUAUUAUGCUCCGGCAUUUGUGGGUUACUAUUUGUUGCACUACUUUGGACUGCGCUUCGGGUCUUCGCCUACGGAGAUAAUGCGGAAAGGGUUACUGUUAGCCGUCAUGAUGUCAAUUCCGUUCUUGCUAUCCUUCGGUCCAUUCUUUUUGGCGGGUGGAUUCGACGGUAUCAAGCAGAUAAUCGCACGUUUAUUUCCACUUCAGAGAGGCCUUACCCACGCGUAUUGGGCACCGAAUUUUUGGGCGCUCUACAAUUUUGCCGACCUCUUGCUCUACAAAUUGUCUUGCCUGGCUGGUUACAAAUUGGCCGCACCGACGUACACGAGCGGAUUAGUUCAGGAAUACAAUCACGUCGUGCUCCCGUCAAUUGGCCCGAACGCUUCGUUACUUUUGACGGCGAUCUCGCUCGGUGUUCUUCUUGCCCUCUCCUGCAAACGGCGCCCAACGGACUUCUCGAUCUUCAUGACCGUCUCUGCCUACUCGUUCUUCCUAUUCGGAUACCAUGUUCACGAAAAAGCCAUCAUCCUCAUCACCAUUCCGUUGACCAUCGCGGCUUUCACGAAUCCAAUCUAUCUCUCGCCAUGGUUUCUGCUGAACACCGUCUCGAUCACGUCGCUCUUGCCGCUGCUUUUCACCUCUUACGAGAUACCUAUCAAAUACGCCGCCGGACUCGGUUUCUAUUGCCUGAGCUUGGUCUGCAUGAAGUAUGUAUAUUCGGUGAGGCUGGGAAGGAUAAUAUCUCCGUCUACUGUAUAUUACUUCGCGGGUCUGGUCAUGCUCGAGCUCUACAACACCCUUCUACAUAAGGUUGUCUUCGGUGAUCGCUUAUCAUUUUUGCCACUAAUGCUGAUCUCUGUUUACAACAGCUGCGGUGUCCUGUUCUCAUAUGCUCAACUUUUGUGGAGGGAGCUGGGAGAGGACUAUGGAUUAUGGUGGACGCGACACAAGCUCCAUGCAUUAGAGAAGGUUGCGCUGGAUAACCCGCCUCGACCACUGGAUUCCUUGGAUGCGGUGCAGUAUGUCGGUGGUUUGGAUAUUUCAACAUGCAAGCAGUCGCCGCAGCUAGCUGUGGUCACUCUCUCAAUAUUCUCCUAUCCAGAGCUAAAGGAGAUCGAUGUAUUCGACAAUGUGCAGAUCAUUACGGAGCCCUACGUGUGUGAUUACCUGGGCAUUCGGGAAUGUAGGCCACUUGUCGAUCUGGUGAAGCAGGUAUGUCGGGAUUAUCCAAAUCUCACCCCACAAGUGCUACUGGUCGACGGAAAUGGGGAAUUCCAUUCUCGAGGCUGUGGACUGGCUUCAUUAGUCGGGUCGCAGACGGGAAUCCCGACGGUGGGGAUAGCGAAGAAUCUGAACGUCUCUUGGCUUGCGGCGAAAGGAGCUUCGAAUGGGCAGAUCGACAACGCACACAAGCUCGUGACCGAAGUUUCACAGGCUAUAACCGGAGAUGGCUACCAGGCAUUCCGAUUUUUCGAUGCCGAAGUCAUGAACAUUGUGCGCGCUGGCGGCUCGAAAAUCCCAGUGUUUGUGUCCUCCGGCGGCGGCAUCUCGCUGGAAAUGGCCACGAAGCUUGUCCUACACUGCUCGCGCGGCAGAGUAGUUGAACCCAUUAGAUUCGCAGAUCUACGCUCCAGAGAACUAGUCAGGAAUCUGUAUGAAGAAGAA